GCCGUCCUCUGCUGUGAAAAAAAAAAAAAAAAAGAAAAAAAAACGCUUGGCGGGGAGGGGUGAUGGCGGGUGCUGAGGCCACUGUGUCUUCAGGGGAACUCAUGACGGUGAAGGAAGAGGAGGGGCAGUUCAGUGGCAACAACCAUAAGACUCAAGUCCUCCUGCACCUGCACCCCAGCCUGCAUGGGAUAACUGAUGACCUUACAGACACUAACACUACAGUUUUGGCCAUUGAGACACAUCAUGAUGACAGCAAGGCAGAGGGAGACGAGGUGGAGUAUGGCUACCCCAUCACUUGUGGAGACAGCAGGGCAGUCCUGCUUUUCAAGAAGUUUGUGUGCCCUGGAAUCAACGUCAGAUGUGUCAAAUUUAAUAACCAACUCAUCAGCCCGAAGCAGUUUGUCCACCUGGCAGGGAAGGCCACUCUGAAGGACUGGAAAAGAGCCAUCAGACUGGGAGGGGUUAUGCUCAGGAAAAUGAUGGAUUCAGGACAGAUUGACUUCUACCAGCAUGACACUGUAUGCAGCAACACCUGCCGCAGCACCAAGUUUGAUGUGCUGAUCAACAGCACGCGGCUUCCCCCGGGACCCUCGGUGCAGCCGAGCCUGUCGUGUCUGGCUCUUGACCCCAUCGGAGGACAGGCGCCGCCCCUGACAGGAGAUGGACAAAACGCUGCAGAGGUGGAGGAGCCUCUGGAGGACAGGUUUAAUGCUACAACAGAGUGGAGCGCUGCUCCGUCACGAUUUCCAAACCCCACGACGUCCAAUGGACAUUUUGUCAAGAGGAAGAGAGCUGACACAUCUGAUGGAGUCCUGAGUCUGUGGAAGGACGUGGCGGAUUCCGGACUGAUGGGGGAGGUUUUAUCCAGUCUACAGAGUGAAUUGAUCACCGCGUUCAAGGGAGUGGAGCUUCGCAGCGAGAAGGCCAACCUGCAGGAGACAGAUGCCGUCAUACUUAAUUCCCUGUGCGAGACGUUUGGGCUUUUAGACUCGGUGAAACAAGCAGUGGAAAUGAGGUGCAGCCAGAAUGAGGAGAACAGAGUCCAGAACAGUGUUUACGUGCUGGAUGAAAUCCUGGAGAACCAGAGACGGCACAGCUGUGAUAAAAGCACAUCCUCUCUGAAGCACCUUCGACCUCGGCGUCAAAGCCAGUCGGACGACCGGAUCCAGAACUUGCUGUCCUCCAUCAAAACCAACGCAGUGAUCCAGCCUCUGUCCAGGAGCGGCCCGCCUGCCGCCUCCUACGCCCAGCUCUUCACCCGCUUCUCCGGCCAGCGUCACCACGCCGGCAAAACAGACGGGGACAGCCAAAGCGAGAGCGGCGAGGCGGGGAGGCCGGGAAAGGUCCAGCGACUCGGACAGCAGGACGACGGCGGGAAGCACACCUCAGGGAUCCACAAAGAGCCGAGACAGAGGACUGUAAAGCUCCAGGAAGACUCUCAGAUUAGCCGUGAGGAGGCAGAAGAGACAGAACGCCGGGAUGACAUUGAAAAGGUGAUUAUAGACAGAAAGUCAUCAAAGAAACAUAAAAGUAAGUGAGCCAGAUGACCCAGGAGGGAUUCUGUGGUACUAAUUGAGGAGCGGUGCCUGAAACUAAAAGAAGAUACACUGUGGGGAGACAAUUAAAAAAAACAAUAUAACUUUGUCAAACUGUACUUUUUACUGGUACGCUUGUAUCCUCGGAGUUUAUAUGCGGUGCUUCACUGCAGUGAAGCUGCAGGCACAGGUUUGGUUUUCCUUCAGGUUUAGAAAGACUAAAAGAUGUUUUCAGACCUGAAGAGACUGGAGGGUGAAGAGAUCAUGUGAUGGUCGAUUAUCAUGAAAAUGAUAAAUUCAUCAUUCAAUGAAAAGUCUUUUAUUUCAAGGAGGAAUGCCAAAAAAGGUUGAUCUCAGCUCUUUUUUGCCAGUCAGACAUUUGACCUUUGUGUUUGGGAUUGUUGGUCAGAUACCAUGUGCGGUAUUUUGAAAUAUGAAAAUGUCACUUUGGGCUCUGGGUCUUUGAAUUGGAUUUUUUUUUUCUAAUGUUGAUAUUCUCUUAAACAGGCACAGUUGCAGUUUAGAUCAUAAAACAUUUACUAUUUUCAGCACUAGCCCACAAAGUUUUAAGUCUUAUUUGUUACAUAGAGCAUUAUAAAUGAUUUUUGAGACAGAAUCUUUCUAAAUUCCUGUAAAUAUAUCAUUUCUUCCAUCUUAAAGUAUUUGGUAGCUGUCUUUUCCUAGACUUAAUCGAUUUGUUUUUUCACUUCUUCCUUAUAUUUGUGAAACUACUUUGAGUUAAAUGUGUUUUUGAAUUUGACAUUAUUUGGAUUUAAAACGUCGUCACUCGGGCUUGUUUUUUAACUUUCAACUUUUCUCGUUACGAUAUCUCAAACCAGCCUCAGAUCUAUGCACCAGAUACUCACUGCCUGAACGCUCGUCUGUCUGGCAGUGGAAACAAUAUCUAAAGUAACAACAGUGACUGUUGAUGUUGCUUUACAAAACGUACUGUAAAAUAUCAACAUAUCAUGCUGUGGUUGACGUACGAUGCCAUUGCUAUUGCAAACCAAAAAAAAAAAAAAAAGGGGAACAGUUUGUUAGAAGAAUAAAAUUGUGGUUAAAUAAAAGGACACUGGACGUCUGAAGUGACCUUGUAAGCUAAUUAUUGCGUUUUGAAUAAAAAUUUGGAGUUCGGUUUAAUGGAGGCACGCUCGGUGUUCAAAAGCGGACUUCACACGACUCGCUGUAAUGAAUCUUUUUCUGUGUUAGGUCGCUGAUGAGAAUCAGAAAGUGCUGGUAGCCAGCUGACUUACUCAGAGUGCAGCUCGAAGGACAAUAAAUGACGCU